GAUUGAUUGUUGAUAGUUGAUGACGAUGGUCAACAGACAAGUGACAACAAGUAUUAAAUCUACUAAAUACUAAAUCUUCUGCAAAUAUUUCAACAGUAGUUAGGUUGUGUAAUAUUUAAAUUUUCGCGUUGCUUCUAGUUUGAACGGCUUUACUUAUGAUGUGUGACAGGUUAACUUACAUAAUUGUGAUGUGAAAAAACCCAAUGUUUAUUAUAAGUGCUACAUAUUUGGUGUUUCUGAACCAAAAACAUUAAUCAAGUAUUUUAAUAUCAUGGCCGUUAAAAUGGCCGCUAGUGAUGCUGGUGGUGUUGUUGCAUCAGCUACAGCAUCCGAUUGGGAUACUAGAGAGUCAAUGCGUCAGCGCGAAUUAGAUGAAGCCAGGGCACGAGCAACACAAAUGGAGAAAACAAUGCGAUGGUGGUCUGAUUGUACCGCUAACUGGCGUGAAAAAUGGAGCAAGGUGAGAAAUGAAAGAAACAAAGCUCGAGAAGAAGCUAAGAUGCUCAAAGAUAACUUAGAACAUGUACUAAAAGAAAACAGUAAUAUAAAAAGAGAAAAGCAAAAUCUUGAGCAACAGAAUGAAUGUUUGCGCAAAGAAUUAGAAAAAGUCAAUCUGAUUCUAUUGAAACAUGCAGGACAAUGGGAUUCUCAACUGGUUGAUGCAUUGGAAAAUGGUAUUUCUGAUCCAGAUACUUGCUGUAGUUCAUCAUCUAUACCUCAGCCAUCGAUUGUGAGUGACUCAGGUAUUGAAGAAUAUGUUCUACAAGAGGCGGUUCCCAAACAUGCAGUUGAACUGUUCAAUCAAACAACUUCUCCCAUUAAAUCACCAAUUCCUAAUACAACCUUAUCUGACGAAGUAGUCGAUAAACUUGAAAAGAAUUUGGAAAAUCUGUUGGAAAGCACUCAACAAGAUUUAAAUAAUUUACAUAGUCAGUUGUCAGGUACAGAUAGUGUUAAAUCAGAAUGUCAAACUUGUCAAGACAAUCAGGUUAUUACAAACAAACGUUUGGAAGACUUAAGAAUACAGCUAGAACACUUGCAAUCUGAGAAUGAAAUUGAAUGGAGUAAAAGAGAACAACUUGAAAGUGAAAUGAUGAACUUGGAAAGAAUCAAUAAGCAAUUAAAAUCUGAAUUGAACGACACACUAGACAAAUUGCAGAAACAGAGUAAACCCGAAUCAUUAUCAGACACAAAAUAUAGAUUAUUGCAAGAAGAGUUGGCCGAUAAAAAUAUUGAGUUAGCCAAUUUAAAACACAUUCUAUCCAAACAAAAGAAAAUGUGUGUUGACCAAAGUGCUGAGUCAGCACAUUUAGUGAGGCGGGGUGAGCAAUAUGAGAAUGAAGUUAAACGUUUAAGAAGCCGAGUAGAAGAAUUAAAAAGAGAGUUAGCUACAACAGAAGAAGAUUAUGAUACUGCUUCUAAUACUAUAAAGAAACUUCAAAGAUUAAAUGAAGAUUUACAAGAAAAGCUUGAUAGCUUACAGGCCGAAUUAAAACAUCAAAAUAUAAGAACAUAAAAUUGACACGUUUAACAAGUCGAGUGUCUUCAGAUGAUUCAAGUCAUAGCGAUGAAGACUGAAUUUCAACUAAUAGACCAGCAUUAAUGUUUGUUACUUAUUAUUGGUGAAAAAACUACUAAAAUAUUUUGUUUCUUGUGUAAUAUAUUAUCAGUCAAUUAAUAUAAUUAAUACAUUGUAAGAAUACACGUUAUAGUUCUAAAUAUGUGUCAAAUAUUUAAUAUUAUAAUUUUUUUUUUUGUAUAUAUAUUAUACACUUAUAGAAAAUACCUUUUUUAUGAUCUUGCCAUAAAAU